CGCUCGCUGCAGUUAGGCCACGUCCCCGGGCCACGUAGCUCGGCUCUCGCCAUUUUAACGGAUUGAAGUCAGCGGCUGCAGCGGCACAGCUCGUCUCCGCGGUCCCCGGGUCACCUCUUGCCCUCUCUUCUCCCCCCGUCCCGGUCACAGGAGCUCCCUUGUCCCGCUUCUUCUGUAGCACAAUGAACAUCUUCAGGUUAACCGGGGACUUGUCCCAUUUGGCAGCCAUCAUCAUCCUGCUGCUGAAGAUUUGGAAGACCCGGUCCUGUGCCGGUAUUUCUGGGAAGAGUCAGCUCCUCUUUGCUUUGUUGUUCACUACGCGAUACCUGGAUCUUUUUACAUCAUUCAUUUCAUUGUACAACACUUCUAUGAAGCUCAUCUAUAUUGCCUGCUCGUAUGCAACAGUCUAUCUGGUAUACAUGAAAUUCAAGGCUACAUAUGACGGGAACCACGACACCUUCCGAGUGGAGUUCCUUGUUGUUCCCGUUGGUGGAUUGUCGGUCCUUGUGAAUCACGAUUUCUCGCCACUGGAGAUCCUGUGGACCUUCUCCAUAUAUCUGGAGUCCGUGGCCAUUUUGCCUCAGCUCUUCAUGAUCAGCAAGACGGGUGAAGCGGAGACAAUCACCACUCAUUACCUGUUCUUCUUGGGCUUGUACCGUGCCUUGUACCUCUUCAACUGGAUCUGGCGCUACUCCUUUGAAGGCUUCUUUGACCUGAUUGCCAUAGUGGCCGGUGUGGUGCAAACCAUCCUGUACUGCGACUUCUUCUACUUGUAUGUUACAAAAGUACUAAAAGGAAAGAAGUUGAGUUUGCCAGCAUAAGAUCAGGACCGGCUGCUGUCCUCCACCCGUCUGGACAGAACAAUCCUUACUAUGAGCGAAGGUGUAAGAUGCCUGAAGCAGAGUCAGACACACUACUUUUUUAUAUGCAGAACUGCCCUAUUUGCUGCCGGAGAGGCCCCCGGGACAGAUCACGACGCCAGCCCCUCCAACAGCAAAGCGGUUUCAUUGACGACUCUCGGAUACCAGCUGAUUUAUGUUUUAUGCAUCUUGCCUUCCUUGUUUUUUUAUUCUGAUGUAAAAAGAUUUUUUUUUUUUUUUUACAUAAAACGUAUACUAGAUCCAGAGCGCAGUUUCCAUUCAAUAGUUAUAAAAAAAUGAACAAUUUUUUUUUUUGCGCAGUUUACAACUAGGUUUAAGUCUAAGUUUUUCUCCCCAGUUGCUGCCUCUUUCUAGAGAGCCAAUGAUUUGUAAUUUUUUUUCUCUCUAUGCUUUUGAAUUUUUAAUAAUGCCAACAUUUUCCAGUCAUUCCACUAUAAUUUAUUUUCAGUUGGGGAGGAAUUUUUUUUCCUUUUUUAUUUGUUUUUAAAAAAAAAUCAUUUGUUCUCUCAAGGAAUUUUGAUGUCUUGUGUAAGCCGUCUUCAUGAAAGGGUUCUCAGAAUAAAGCGUAUGGAUCACAGUGUGUUGAUUCAGCAUAUUGCAGGGUACUUGGCAGCAAAUGGGUUUAGUUCCCAUUCAAAAGGGGGGGGGGGGGGGGGGAGAGAGUCACAAAUUCAUAUUUUAUACAUGUCACUAAGUGUAUACGUAGACUUCUUUGGAUCGAGGAUACUGAAAGAUUUGCUAAAGAGAAGUGCCAUUGGGAAAAAAAAAAUCCCUUGUACUUUUUU